GGCCUGCCCGCCGGAAGGUUGACGCGGAAACACUCGCACGCAGCGCGCCUGCGCAGGUCCAGGCCUUUGCGGUCGGUCGCGCGGAAAGUGGCGUGAAGAGCGGGUGUUUUGAGGAGACCCUGCGGCGAUGGCGUCUGGCAGCAGUUCCGAUGCGGCGGAGCCGGCAGAGUGGGCGGCGGCGCCCGCAGCAGCAGAGACGGAGGAGGAUCAGGUGAAGAGGCGGCGGCUUCAGUCCCUGGGCUUUGCGUUGGUGACGAGCUGCGACACCACGGUGGCUUCCACUUUCCUGUCGGAGAACAACUGGCAGACGGAAAAAGCGUUGAGCGCCUUCUUCGAGCAGCCAGAGAACGACCUAGCGCGGCCUCACCAGCCUCCGACAUCCUCCAAGUCCGAGGACUAUGUUGAUCUAACCAAUGAGGAUGCAAAUGAUACCACCAUUUUAGAAACCAGUCCAUCUGGAACUCCUCUAGAAGAUAACAGUACUAUCUCUUUCAUUACCUGGAAUAUUGAUGGAUUAGAUGGAUGCAAUCUCCCAGAGAGGGCUCGAGGGGUGUGUUCCUGCCUUGCUUUGUACAGUCCGGACGUGGUAUUUCUACAGGAAGUGAUUCCCUCCUACUGUGCCUACCUAAGGAAGAGAGCACGCACUUACAACAUUAUUACAGGUAAUGAAGAAGGAUAUUUCACAGCUAUAUUAUUGAAGAAAGGAAGAGUGAAAUUUAAAAGUCAAGAAAUUAUUCCUUUUCCAAAUACCAAAAUGAUGAGAAACCUUCUGUGUGUAAAUGUGAGUUUGGGUGGAAAUGAAUUUUGCCUUAUGACAUCCCAUUUGGAGAGCACAAGAGAACAUUCUGCUGAACGAAUAAAUCAAUUAAAAACUGUUUUUCAAAAAAUGCAAGAGGCUACAGAUUCAACUACUGUUAUAUUUGCAGGAGAUACAAAUUUAAGAGAUCAAGAAGUUAUCAAAUGUGGUGGUUUACCUGACAAUGUUUUUGAUGCCUGGGAAUUUUUGGGCAAACCUAAGCAUUGCCGGUAUACAUGGGAUACGAAAGCAAACGAUAAUCUCAGGAUUCCUGCCGCUUGUAAGCAUCGUUUUGAUCGAAUAUUCUUCAGAGCAGAAGAGGGACACCUUAUUCCCCAAAGUUUAGACCUAAUUGGGUUGGAAAGACUGGACUGUGGUAGAUUUCCUAGUGAUCACUGGGGGCUCCUGUGUACCUUGAAUGUAGUAUUGUGAAAAGCUUCCCAAAUUCCAGCUCUGUUGGCACUAGUUCUGAAUUUGUACAGAUCUCAACCUUUAGGAAAGCUAGGUCUAAUACAGAAGAAUUAAUAAACUGAAUGAUUAAUUCACCAAAAACAACUGACCUUUUACUUUGUAUCUUGUGUCCUCAGAGUUAAGAACCGUGUUUGUAACAGAUCAAAGCAUGCUUAUGAUCAGAAUGUGUGGGCUUUUGUCUACAGGACAUUGCCUCUCUCUUGCCUUGUAACAGACUCAUUGUGCCAUCAGGACUUCAAGUAAUGGCUGAUAUCUCAGGACUCACUCUUUUUUGAAUUUACUAAGAGAAAAAGUAAGCCAUUGCAUUCUUGAGACCGCAUUGUCUUACAUUCUGUAAGUUCGGAAACUUAAGUGAAAAAGCCAUGACCAUCUGUAGUAAAGGAGAGGACAGCUGUUGUAUAGCAGAGUUAAUUUGUCAGCUGUAGUAUAUAGUGACUACAUGAUGAAUUACAUUUGCACUUUGAAUUCCAGUGCCUGUUCUGAUGUGUGUUAGUGAUUUGCUGAUAACAGAUAACGUUCAACUUGACAAUGAUUGGAUCCAGCUUAGCAACAUGAGGAUUUUUUUUCUAAGAGGAAAAUUCAGAAGAAAAGUAGCUUUCAGUUUAGUUACUGGUAAAAUGGAAAUACUUUGCAGAGACUGAAUAAAUAAUACUUUUUUUUGUAAAUGUUCUGUAAAGAAAUGUACCAUAAAUAAAGUGCUUUAUUUAUUUGUACACUAA